AUGGAUUUAAUAAAAAUAUACAAGGAAAAUGACAUACUAAAUGACUAUACAAAUAUAUAUUUUGACGAUGAAAAUUUAAAGAAUGAUAACAAAAAUUUAACAUAUAAAAUUUCUCAUAUAAUUGGAAAUGGAGUAUAUGGUGUAGUGUAUAAAGCGGACUGCCUUGAAAAUUCCAGUGUAGUAGCGUUAAAACAAACAUAUCAGAAAAGUACAAAACAUUUUAAAGAAAUAGAAAUUAUGAAAAAAUUAAAACAUCCAAAUAUUGUAAAAUUAAAACAUGCUUUUUAUACAUUAUGCCCCAAUGGUGGAGUAUAUGUACAUAUGGUUAUGGAAUAUGGAAAUACUGAUUUAGCUACUUCACUUUAUUACAUAACUAUAAAAAAUUCUGAACAUGUUAAUAAAACUUUUAAAAAUGCAAAUAAUUUUAAACAUAUUAAAAAUGACAAAGAUAAUGAUGUAAAAUUAAAGAAUGAUUGUACAAAUUUUAAUGCUUCAGGGGAAGAUAUUAAAUGCGUUAAUAACGAUAAUAUAAACUCAGUUAGCGAAUCGGAAAAUAAGGGAAACCCUGAUAAAUCACAAAUGAACAAGUGUGAUGAAAAUUGCACAAAUACACCUGACCCAAAUUAUAAUGAUACUACAAAAAAUAUGAACAAAUCAGAAAAUAACUGUAACGAAAAAAAUAUUGAUACAAAUAGCUAUAAUAAUAGCGAAAAAGAAAUAAAUACCUCAAACAAUAAUAAUAUUAAAAGUGAAAACGAUUGCUUAAAUAAUUAUGGGAAUAUAAUAAACAAUUUUAACAUAAAUAUGUUACAAGAAAAUAUUGAUAAUAUAUGUUCUUGUCAUAAUUUAAGCGAUUAUAUAAAAAAAAGUUUUUUUAAUGAAAAUCAAGUUAAAAUAUAUUUAUAUCAGCUAAUUCGAGCAACAUUAUAUUUACACAGUCUUUGUAUUACACACAGGGACAUAAAACCGCAAAAUAUUUUAAUUUUUUUAAACAAACCAAAUAAUAAUAACUAUGGAAAUGAAAGUCAAGAAAAUAAAAAAUGUGUGGUGUGCAUUCACAAUUCUGUUAAGUUCAAAUGUAUUAUGAAUAAAAGAAAUAUGCAAAAAAAUUUGGAUGAAAAUAAUAAUGUGAAUAUACAAAAUUCAAUAGUAAAUAACAAUUGUAUUAAUAAUGAACAUGUAAUAAAUAACACUAAUACGUCACCAAAUGAAGGUAGUGAAAAAUUCCAUAAAAAUAAUACUCCAAAGCUUAAUAAUACAGAUGAAAAUAAUGAUAUAAAUAAAGAACGUGACAAUUAUAAUUGUUCUAGUACUCCUAUAUCUAUGUUAAGUGAAAAAAAAAAUAAUUCCAAUACAAAACAUGUUAGAGAAAAACGAUCAAUGAGUUUUAGCAACACAUAUAAAGAGAAAAAUAAUGAUAACGAGAGUUGUGAUUAUUUAGAUAAUGCAAAUAAAGAUAAUUAUAAAAAAGCUUUAAAGAGAAGUAAAACUGAUUUAGUAGUUUCUCUUCAAAUGAGUCAAACAAAUACAAUCGAUGACGAAAAAAAAGAAAUAUUGCCUUUAUCAGAUGACAAUAAAAAUAGUAUAGAUAAUUGUGAAGAUAAAAAAGAAAAAAAUGAAAUUACCAAUUCCAAUAAUGAAGAAUUGGAUAAUAUUUAUGAUGAAAAAGAUUUGGAUAAAAUAUAUAUGAACAAUAUUGUAUAUAAAUAUAUAAAAUUAUGUGAUUUUAAUACAUCUACUAAAUUAAAAGAAAAUUAUAAAUAUUUAAGUUAUGUGUGUUCAAGAUAUUAUAGAGCACCUGAAUUAUUAUUCGGAUCAAACUAUUAUAGUCAUGCCAUUGAUACAUGGUCAAUAGGGUGUGUAAUGGGAGAGUUGAUAUUGGGAAAACCCUUAUUUCUGGGAGAUUGUGCAUCCGAUCAGUUAGUGGAAAUUAUUAAAAUAUUAGGGACACCAAAUGAUGAAGAUUUUCUUUCUUUUCGAAGUGUAUAUAAAAAUGUAAAGUUUCCAAAUAUAAAACCAAUUACAUUAAAAAAAUUAAUAAGUAAUAAUUCUUCAAAAGAAAGUAUAGAUUUAUUAGAUAAGUUAUUACAAUUUAAUCCAAAGAAAAGAAUAAAAUUAUGUAAUGCAUUAUUACAUAAUUAUUUUGAUGAUAUUCGAAACUUUAAAGUUUUUAAUACUAAUAUUGGUUCGGAUCAAACAAACUAUACUUUACCAUAUAUUACAAAUUGCUUUAAUUUUACAAAAGAAGAAUUAUUACAUUAUACUGUUGAAGAAAGAAAAAUAUUAAUACCCUCUGAAAUACGGAAACAUAAAUUAGGUGAAGUAACACAAUAUAUAGAUAUGACAUUAGAUCAUUUUAAUCAAUUAUAUCCAAACAAAGUUAAUUUGACCGGGUAA